AUGUUUCGUAUACGGAAUAAUAAAAUUAAUCCAAGAAAAGGAAGACCCAUAUUGAACAUCGCGGACUCCUUUCGUCCAUUCGUUUGGAUAAACGGGUUAAUGGGAUUCGGAAUGAUCGAAAUGCCAUAUGGUCGACCCUGGCCAAAACUGAGUGUCUUCUAUGGCCUUCUUAGAGCCAUUGCUUUCUCCAUUCUCUCUUGGUACGUCUUCAAAAAUAUACAACCGAACACUAGAAUUUCGGCACUGAUGUUUCUUAUCUAUAAGAUUAUCAUCGCUGCCAGUGUGGGUGCAGUCGUAAUUUCCUCGAUAAUGGGACUAAUCAACCAUGAGAAAUCAAAGAAAUUGUAUAAAAAAAUCAAAUUGGUUGACGAGACGUUGAAGAUGUUUGGGGUUGAACCAGAAUAUGCGUCAGAUCUGAGAAGAAAUAGAAAUAUAAUAAUCAAUUAUUACCGAGCAAUAAUCGUAUUGUUUAUUAUUAAAUUAGGUAGUUCUUAUAUUUUCAGCAGGGAGGCGUUUUGUACUCGAAAUAUUCUUAAUGUAUUGUAUUUCAACAUUCCAUCGAUUAUUAAUCCAUUAGUAGACAUUAACUAUACAUCAAAAAUUCAUGUACUAGAAAAGAGAUUCGAAAGGUUAAAUGCUCUAAUCCACAAUGUAACCACUUCGCCCUCAAAAAUGAUGCAUACACAUGAUUUUAAGAAGUAUGAGAUGAUUUUGAACAAUCGUGGCGUAAUUUCAGUUAUACCUAAAUACUGCUUCAAAAAUAGAAAUAACAUAGAACAUCUUCUCAAAGUUACCAGACAACUCCACUUAGAUCUUUGUAAUACCGCAAGAAAUAUGAACAAUCUGAUUUACACUCAAAUGUCAGCGCAACUAUCCGCAAUAUUCGUUCAUUUAACUGCGGGUACUUACUGCUUUUAUUUUAUUUUCAAUGAAAAGACUAUUAUACCAUUACAAGCUAAAAUACAUAGUUACGUCUUACUGAUAUUUUCUAUAAUAUGUGGUAUUGUUCGGAUAAUAUUAAUUACCUAUGCGACUGCUGGUAAAAUAAGUAAAAUACUGCAUGAGAUUCAAAUACAGAAUACAGAAAAAAAAUUAACUAAUGAGAUUCAUCAAUUCUGCAUGCAAUUAAAGCAACACCCUCUCUCUUUCACCGUUUGUGGUUUCGUAGAACUUAAUUUUUCUUAUGUAACUGGGUUUGUAGGUGCUGUCACAACUUAUUUGAUGAUUUUAAUACAGAAUCAAACAGACAUGAUAGAAGCUGCUAAAACGAUGGUUGAUCCUAUUAAAUCUAAUUCGACAAGCGUAACUCCUGCAUGA